CUAGCCGUUUUUGCUACCUGCCACCAGCCCCUUCUUGUUCACUCACUUCCAAGCUAAACCUCUUGCAUUGUCCUAACCAAGUGAGAGGCCAAUAAAAAUAUAUCCACCCUCCGCAAAUCCUCCCACCACCACCAAAGAGGAUACCUAUUUGCUUUUUAUUCUCUUGUAACAAUCAGUCUUUUUAUCAGAUGAUCCACAAAACACCGCAAAAAAAACUUCGCUGCCCUAUUAGUCUGCAUUGUUUCAUUGUUCUUCUUUUAAUCAAUUAAAGAAUAUAAAUAAUCAUCUCCAUUUCCUUCCACCUACUGUUGUUGCCCAUUACCUUUAUUCCAGAUCUCGUUGUUUUCAGCCCCUUGCUUCUUCCUUUGUGAUCAACUCAAAAAAAGAAAAAUUCAAAUGGCAAUGAAUUGCUUCAUCUUGUAACAAAUUGGUAUAUCAAAAAAAAUUCAAGCUCUUCAAUCUGAAGUUCACCAAGUCAUCUUGAGUCAUAUCUUGCCAUUUGCAUAACAUCAUCGAAUUCUAUUCUAGCACCAGGUUUUGUGAAACUUGAGAAUAACACAAGUCAUGGAGACAUAUUUUACAUUUAAGACAUCAUUAAAUGAGUGGCGUGAUUAUCUUCGUGAUAUCAACUUCUGGUUGAAUGGAUAUCAGAACAGUAGUGCAUAUCGUACCAUGGAAGAAAAAGUCCAUCAGUUCUUAGUGCAGUGGAAUCUUGGGAUACCGCCCACAUCUAGCUUCACGCGGGCUAUAUCAAGCAUCAUGUGUGAGAAAAAGAUCAAGAUGGUUGGUCCCUUUGAUUACGUAAUAAAGGUGGACUUGAACCAAGCAAAAAAACUAGGGAGCUUCAACAUCAUGCCAACUCUGGCUGUUAGAGUGGCAGAGGAGCUCGACCUACUCCGCCAAGAGGAUGAUGAGAUAGGGUAUUAUUCGUACAACCAACAAGAGAGUACCAGAAUAAUGUGGCUGCGGAAGAAUCUUAGCUUGUUAGUUCCUCAAAUCAACCAAAAGCUGGCCGGGAGGAAGUACCUGCUACUGGUUGAGAACGUCUACGAACCUGUAGAGUUUGUUGAUUUCUUUCAGAAGGUGGGGCUGCCUCCCUGGAAUUGGAGCGACUCUAGAUGGAUUAUAUCCACCACCUCUCAAGACGUCUGUGCCAUGAGCAAGCUUGAAGGUGAUGUCGUCAAACCCACGAAUGGGGAUGACAUUGUGAUGCUUACUCUCUACUCAGUGCAUCAAUCAGCCAAGUACAUCUUGGCUGCGAUAGGCCACAAAGACGAGCAAUAUUGGCACCGCAUGGCCGUCCAGUGCUUUCACUAUGUUGUUAUGCUGCUCAUUCCCUACCGUCCAUCCCUUCAUGGAGAUGCAGGUCAGAAGAUCACUAGUCCAUUGACUGAUAUUACUUCAGAUGAGCUUAUUCGUCAAUGGGCUGCACAUGGUAUCCUUACUGCCGACCAAGCAGAAAGAACGGGGGAUGCUACAGCCAUCAGCUAUCCUGGCAAAUACAAUGAUAUAUAUCAGGUUGGAAAUGUUAUCCUUGAAGCUUUCCGAGAGUACUCCUUGCUGGAGCUCCCGUUUUCUCCUGCGAUGAUUGAAGCUGAAGAAGCCACAAAAUCUGCUGCACACUUCCUAGCAUACCACAACCUCAUCGCAGAGCACCACACAACCAAUGAAUUUUGUAACGGAGACCUCCAUAGGUUGGAACACAUGCAGUGGAUCUCACAUGUGGGUGACCACGGAUGGCAUUUUAGCAGAGAGUGGUUGACAUGGGGAUCUGGCAGUCCAACCGCACUAAUUAUAAAGCAUUGCUCACAGCAGUCGAAGUUGUUCAUGAAGCUUGAAUCUGAUCAUUUCUUUGCCAAGCUCCCCUGCCUUCGCGUUCUUGAUCUCUCCUACAAUCCACUAAAAUCACUUCCUCCUUCCAUUUGCAACCUCCAAAAACUCCAGUACCUUUCCCUUAGGGGCUGCUAUAACCUCAUGAGUCCAUUCAGCUUCCCCAAUGAAAUUACUGUCAAUGAAAUCUAUAGCAGCAAAAAUCUCAACUUGCUCUGCUUUGAUCUUUCCUAUUCAAAUAUAAACCGGUUCCACAAUGAAUUCUUGUAUAGAAUGCCUAAUCUACAAGAGCUCUUGCUUGUCAAUUGCUCGGACCUUGAGGAAUUGCCACCUUCUGUUGGUGCUCUGUCUAGUCUAACAAAACUCGAGCUCACUGGGACUCAAAUAAAAUCUUUUCCUGUGGAGAUAUUUGAAGAGAUGAAGAAUCUUCGAUCACUGAAGCUAAUUGAGAACAGGAACUUACUGUUGAGGCGAUUGUCCUUGCGUGGAUGUAGAAAGUUGGAGUAUGUUGACAUUAAGGAGGUGGGUGCUUUGGAGGAGCUUGAUCUGUCUGAUACGGCUAUCAAGGAGCUCCCAGACAGCAUCCCAAAUCAUCCCCAGCUUAGACAAUUGCUUCUCUUGGGUGUUCCUUCCCUUAGACGAUUUCCUUGGCAUAAGUUGCAGAGACUCCCAGAUGUGUUUUACUUGGAUCAAUGCUCAAACAGUACCAUUCACCAUUCAGAUCAUCCACAAGGCUCUCAGGUGUGCAUAAAUGAUUCCAGAUUGUUUUAUAGCUUCAAUGAUAACACCAGGGGUUUAGUAAUGGCUUGUGAACUUCUGAAAACUUUCUAUGUUCGAGUUACAUCAUGCGAGGCCACAGCUAGGAAGAUGCAGGAUGAAGAGGACAAGGUGACGACCAACACACUUGAAGUGGUACCACCAGCCUAUGAUGACGUAAACCGUCACUAUCUGACUGAUGGAGUCUUUAUGGUGCCAAUGGAUGACGUACCACCCUUCCGAGAGACUGAGCGUCACGUGGAGAUCUCAGCUUCUGAUCGGUAUCCCCAUGGUCUGAGCUAUCUUCUGAGAGUCACCAAAUCACUGAGCAUGUGGGAUGAUACUCAUGUCUCCUGUCUCAGUGAUCUUAGUGAUCUGGAUGAGCUGGAGGAAUGCAAAAUCCAACGAUGCCAUAAGACUGUGCAUGUCUUUAAUAGAGACGAUGACAGAACACAUCAUUACAUGAAGAAAAAUUUGAAGAAUGCAUUUCUCUCCGAUCUCAGAAGUCUAACCCAUUUCCACAGAACAUUAUUUUAUUGUGAUCCCUUCUAUGCACUAAAGCACCUCGUCUUAGAGCACUGCCCGAGGUUGGAGGGCAUCGUGCCACAUGAAUGUGAGCUACCAAGACUUGAGACACUCGACAUCCUUUCCUGCUACAACCUCAAGGAAAUUUUCUAUUACAAUCAUCAUCGGUAUUCUUUCGAUGAUUAUUACAAGCUCCCAUGUCUCCGAAGGAUACGGCUCCAUGAGCUGCCAUUGCUGAAGCAUCUCCACUCCAGCGAUCCCAUGCUGACAGCGCCCACGUGGAAGGAGCUCCACGUCCGCGGCUGCUGGAGCCUGCGUCGCCUCCCGCGCUUCCGCCAACAACCAGACAAGGCAGUGGAGGUGAGCGGCGAGCCGGCAUGGUGGUCCAAGCUGCGCUGGGACCAGGACGGCGACGCACCCCUUCACCGCGACUGCUACGAGCCCAGGCUUCCCCCAGUGUUCGCUUCGCACCCUGAGCGGCCGGUCGUCAUCGAGAGCUACCUCAGAUGAGUGUACCAUGUACGCCCUAGCGCAAGGCCGAUCGAUCAUCCAGUUAAUCGCAGCUUACACAUCCCGUUAAUUCAUGCCCGCCGCUGAUUGCAUGCAGCACCCGGAGUUCCAGUCACCAUCCGCUCUACCACCAUGUUUGUCAGCAUCUUCAGUUUCGCCAAUGUGUGCGCGUGUCUUCUAAUAUUUGAAUGGUUUCAUGGGUGUGAACAUACCAAUCCGUACCCAUGGUAUGUUUUUUUUUUUAAAAAAAAAAAUAAGGUUUGCUUGUCCAUCGACCGGCUUCCCAGGAGGACACCGGCCCAUCCAGUGGUGGCUGCUGAACCAGAUUCCAGUGUGUGUUACAUAUUGCAUCGUGUGUUAUGUGCUUGCUUCAUUUUCUACCGCGACAAACUUGCUCGUGUGAAGUUGGUAUCUUAUGUGUACACUAUUGUAAGAAGUUUGCUUGCUACAACUACAGUACUAUCAGAGUGAUAGCUCUGUUUCCCCUCCUAAUAAUUAAGCAUGGCUAUAUAUAUUCACAUGCUAAGUUAAUUAUUAGAUUAGAUGCGCCAUGAGCGUGUAUGCUUUGUUCGUGUUGUUGAACUUCUUGUUAUUUGAUUCAUGCUUGAUGUAUUAAAUUGUAUUUAAUGACUAAGUCUGCUCUGUGUGGAAGUAAAGCACAUGCACACAGAUGUA